AUCCGUAGACUUUCGAACGGCCGUUAAUUCUGAAACGCCUUCCAGAAUGUGCCGAUAAAAAAUACCGUAACGACCAUCCUGAGAGAAGGGGCGCGCAUAUCGAGCAGAGAAGUUAAAGAAGUGGAAAAAUUGAAGGAGCUGAUGAAGGGUUCGUUCAACCCGUCGGAGGUGCAGAGACUGGAAGAAGAUGUGAGGCGGUGGGAGAAGGAAGAGAGCUUGCGAAAAAUCGAGGAAAAACACCUGGCGGGUCUGAUCAGUUACGAAGAAUCGCUUCUGGCGAAGCAGCAGCUCGCCGAUGAGGCCAAAGCACAAGGGGACAAAGUUCGUUCGGAAAGGGAAAGGCUCAACGCAAAGUUGGAAAAGUACCGUACAGAGGAGAUGGAGAAGCUGAGACGAACCGUGGAAAGGUGUCACGAAGCCGAGCAGAUGGCAAAGAACGCGUACACGUCUAUGGUGGACGAAAAACGUCAGAAAGCUGCGGAAGUGGCGGAGGAGUCGCGGAGGAUAAAGGUUUGUCUGAUCGAACAGAAGGAGGAAGAACUACGGAGGAAACUUCAGGUGAUCCAGGAAAUUAAAACACUUCAGUCUUUGCAAGGUCAGCGUGCCAAGGAGUUCGACCAGGCGGAAACCGGCAGACUAGGACUGAUGUGUGAAAUGUCUUUAGCCGAGCUGAAAGAACGGCUUUAUCUCGCCAAGGAUAAAUGGCGGGAUGAAUUGAUCUCCCGAAGGGAGGCGAUCAAGGAACGUCGUCAGAAGCAAAAAGAUCAUGUCGAUUGUGUCCAAAAGAUGAUCAACGAGCACCGAGGCUCCAAGUCUGUAUACAUUUCAUUCCGCGACGUAAAGAAGGUUCGUUGUCAGAAUCUCUGA